CCGAUCAAUUAGUAUCUGGUUUACACAUUAGAGGCAAACUAUAUAAAUGACUGCCGUAAUUAUAAGUUUUCAUUGUUUUAAGAGAAUUGCUUGAACACUAUGCGGCUAUUGGUAAUCGUGUCACUGGCGGUGCUGGCGAGCGUCAGCGCGCACCCGCACUCCGGCGAGGCCCGCGUGCACUGGCCGACAGACCAACCCGGCGAUGUCGGCUACACUCACCCCGCAAGACACCAUCCCUCCGCUCACGACCAACACAAACAUUCACGCGGCGACGAUGACGACAGUCACUCAGUUCACGAUAAUGACGAGAGCCAUUCAGGCGGCCACAGCGACGACAGCCGGUCAGACGAUAACCACGAUAAGCAAUAUGGUGGCGAUAACGACGACCACCACUCAGGUGCCGAUAACGAUGACAAUUUGUCCGACCAUAACAUUGAUGAAGAUCAAUCAGAAGAUAAUAAUGACAGACCCCGAGGUGAUUCUAACGGUCCUCAAGGAGACAUUGAAGGUCCUCGAAAUUAUAUUCACGAUCCUCGACAUGGUAUCGGCAGGCCAACAGGUCAUGAUGGCGAACCCCGACGUGAUGUAAGAGGACCCAGAAGAGACAUCUACGGACAUGGAGGUAAUAUCGACGGACCCCAAAAUGACGUUGACGGACCCCAAAAUGAUAUCGAAGGACCCCAAAAUGAUGUCGAAGGACCUCAAAAUGAUGUCGACGGACCCCAAAAUGAUGUCGAAGGACCUCAAAAUGAUGUCGAAGGACCCCAAAAUGAUGUCGAAGGACCUCAAAAUGAUGUCGACGGAAGCGAAAAUGAAGGUGUGAAUGAUGACAAUGGUGAGAAUCAAUCCGAGAAUGAUGAUAAUGGUAGCCAUGGUUACGACGCGCAUCCCUGAGACUACCGCAAGGGCCUCUCCGUUCGUCUCGAUUUGUAUUUACUUCUUCAGUCAAUAUUUGUAUGUUUUUGAUAAAUAAAAAUUGAUUACAUAACAAA